GUCGGGGGGGGGGGGCGGUGCUGGUGACCCGGAUGUAAAUAGCUCAUCACAGGGCGGGAGGAGACAAGACAGGAGACCCCGCUCGCGGCACGUAGCCGUUCACGUCCUCGGGCUGGGACGCGGGCGAUGGGGACCGCUCUGGACAUCAAGAUCAAACGGGCCAACAAGGUCUAUCUCUGCGGGGAAGUUCUUUCUGGAGUGGUGGUCAUAACGAGUAAGGAUGCAGUCCAACACCAGGGUGUCUCCUUAACGAUGGAAGGAUCAGUAAAUCUGCAGCUCAGUGCCAAAAGUGUUGGUGUGUUUGAAGCUUUCUAUAACUCUGUUAAGCCUAUUCAAGUUAUCAACAGUACCAUAGAAAUGGUAAAACCAGGAAAACUUCCCAGUGGCAAAACAGAAAUUCCUUUUGAGUUUCCAUUGCAUAUGAAGGGCAACAAAGUUCUGUACGAGACAUAUCAUGGUGUGUUUGUCAAUAUUCAGUAUACCCUUCGGUGUGAUAUGCGACGUUCUCUACUGGCCAAAGACCUGACUAAGACUUGUGAAUUCAUUGUCCACUCACCACCUCAGAAAGGGAAGUUGAUGCCAAGCCCAGUGGACUUCACAAUUACACCUGAAACCUUACAGAAUGUUAAGGAGAGAGCCUCGCUCCCAAAAUUUUUCAUCAAAGGUCAUCUCAACUCAACUAACUGCAUCAUUACACAACCGCUAACUGGGGAGUUGGUGGUAGAGAAUGCAGAAGCUGCAGUCAAAAGUAUUGAGCUACAGUUAGUACGUGUGGAAACUUGUGGUUGUGCUGAAGGUUAUGCUAGAGAUGCUACAGAGAUUCAGAAUAUUCAGAUUGCUGAUGGGGAUGUCUGUAGAAGCUUGUCUAUUCCAAUAUACAUGGUAUUCCCCAGGCUGUUUACCUGCCCUACACUGGAAACUACAAAUUUCAAAGUUGCAGGAACAGUUGACCGACACCCUCCAGCACAGGCCUAUGCCAACCUAGAUCAUCCCACUGAAGUGCUUGUUCAGAUGUGACACCUACUGGAGUGUGUGAGACAAACUAUGAAGAUUAUUCUGGAUCUGCUGGAGAGGAGAGCAUGUUAAAGCUCGCAGCUAAUCAUGCUACAUGGAUGAUACCCUUUCAGCUAGUAAUAUCAAUGUAAUGGAAGGAACACUAUUUUCCUUAGGGCAGAGAGAGCACAUGAGUCCUCCCUUUCCAUUUACUAAGCCAUUUGGCUGAAAAGAUGCAGGGUGGGGGAAAAGAUUGCCCUCCAAAAGCUAAGCUAUGAUUAGCAGGAAGUCACGUAUAUUACCUUCCUUGUUCUUCACUGUCAUCUGUUUCUUUAUUGUUCAGGUAUGAAAGACUCUAGCUUGGAUCUUUGAACACAGUGGUCCAGUUACUUUGUACUGUUUACAGCAUAAACAAUAGAUUUUUGCCCCCAUGUUGAGAGUGGGGAGAUGGUAACUAGUGGGCCCCAGAACCUUAAAUUACCAGUUUUUUUUUUAAGACAUUGUUUUUCUGCUCUUCAGAAUUUGGGAUUGGUGGAAGCCCAGAGACUCUCAUCUGUACUCUAUUUACAUUUUUCAUAGUCUCUCUUCAUCACUACAGAGAGGUUUGGGGCUUUUUGACAGACUAAUCUUUACCAUGAAUUGAAGUUGAUGACUCUGCUCCUCUAUACUCAAAUGUUAGCAGAGCUGGUCAAAUUCCAAGGCACAACUUAAAAUGUGACUUGCUAUAGAGUGACAGUUUCUUUACUUCUAGCAGCAUUAAAACUGGAAAGUAAGAAGCAUCCAGAAAGGGCUGUGACUUCUUGACUUUUUCCUCAGCCCUCAAUCUUCUAUUAAUUCAAAGCCCUUCAGCAGUAUCCCAUAGGUCAAAUUUGAAAGUCCCCAAAACUGUUUGAUCUCACUGAAACAACUAUGAUCUAGCGCCUAAGCCACAACCAUUAAUACUGAAAAGCUUUUAACAAAUCUCUUUAUUUCACACCAUUAGGGGAAUAUCAUUAAAUCACAAUCUAACUAGUUUUAUUAUCCUUUUCUAAAUUUUGUUGAUCAUAACCAGUUUUCUAGACUAUAGCCCUUCAUAUUAGUUCAUGACCGUAAGCCUGCAUCCGUGAAGUUUUGUCCUGCUCAUUUCAGGAGAGGUAGCUAUUGCUUGCAGUGAACUAAUUUUUUUGUUCAUCUAACCUAUCUGAAUUCUGAAGCAGUUUGGACUUUUAAAGUGAGCUACUGAUGGUAAUCAUUCAAACUUCCCCUUUUAAGCUGGAAAUUAUGUGAAGUAGCAUUUUCCCUUUCAAGUCUGUGGACUGGUCUACAUCUGCAUAGCUACAUCGCUUGAGGGUGUGAAAAAAACCACACCCCAGAGUGAUGUGUUUAAGCUGAUUUAACUGCAGGUGUAGACAGCAUUAGGUCGAUGGAAGAGUUCUCCCAUCAGCCUACCUACUGCCUCUCUCUGGGAGGUGGAUUUCCUAACCGACAGAAUGCUUCCUGUCAGCAUGGGGAGCAUCUUCAGUGAAGUGCUAUAGUAGUGCAGCUGCACUGCUGCAGUGUUUUUCAAGUUUGGGCAAACCCUCAGGAAGGGGGAUUACCUACGCUGCCAGGAAAACCCCUGCCUGUCAGCAUAGGCAGUGUCUACACUGAAGAGCUACUGCAGUGCAGGUGCACUGCUGUAGCAUUUUAAAGAUAGAUGAGCCCUGCUAGGUCUGUCACACUUUUCUAAGAGCAAGGAAAUCUCUAACUGAACUAGUUAGAAAGCUCAUACUUAAAACUAAAGUGGAUGAGAUCUGUAAUCAGCAAUCCACCCUUAAAAAUACUUCAGACUGUAGCAAGGGAGAGCGGCUGUAGUAAAUGUUUAAUGCAAAUACCCAGCUAGCUCUUUGAUGCUUGUUUUGCAGUUUCCAAAUAGAAGACCGUCCUAUCUAGCUGACUUCUCCAAGUAAGUGAGAUUCAGGACCUAGCACUGAGCAGUUUCCAAAGUUUUGGUUUUUUCAGUUCUGGAAUGCUAGAAUACACUUCUGCACCAAGAGGUGAAGUCUGCAGCUGCAGAAUGCAUGGAGUCCUUGCUGUAGUGAAAUCUUAGAUACUGUUGUGACAAGUGCUUUUUAAAAAUGUGUAUGAAUGAGUGCAUUUGUCUUAGUCACUGAAGGACCUGCACUACCGGCCAUGCCCAAAAGCAAAACCAGUAGCUCACAGAUUUAUAUCAGGUAACACUGUGGAGGAAACAUGGCCUAUUCUAAAGUUGUAUAUAUUGAAAGUAGGGUAGGUGCUGAUUGUGCAGGGGCCCUUAGGGUGAGGAGCUGCCAUGUUAUUCUACACCCUGUAACCCACAACAAUGGAGAGGAGCUGGAAACACAGUCAUCACCAAUUACUGCUUCAAUUACUACUAGUCCCUCCACCCUUUCCAGACACCUCCCCUCCCAGUAAUACUAGUGAGCACUCAUCUCUAUCUCCAACUGCUUUUUUCUCCUUUUUCCUUUCUGAUGCUGGAUGAGUCUAAGCUGGGAUGGGGGCAGCUGGGAGUCUCAUUCCCAACCUCUAGGCCAGGGGUGCAGCAGGCAGCUUCUUACACGCAAAGGUGCGGUGCUGGGGAGCAGGGCUGAUCGCCCUGACCUUUUAAGGAGGCAUUGGGAGAGUGGGGAAAUGGAAAAAAGGAGUUUUGCCCGCUCCACAUGCUGAGGAAGGAAGGAAGCCUCAUAGCACAAGUAGCAGCUUGGAUUGACUGUACAGACUGGUGGGCUUUCCUUCUAAACCUGGAGGAGAACCUGAAAGCUCACAGUAUUGGCAACCCCCUACAUAUUUGUAUACACAAAAACCUAGCAUUGCUUUCCCAUCCCCCCAUCUGCAGGAGCUUCCUCUUUUCAGGCCUGUCUGGAGGUAGCAGGAGUUCUUCAUUCCUAGCAGGGGGCCUGAUCUUCACCCCUCAAGCUGGGGUGCAAGAGGAGCCAGAAGAAAGCAACUGCAUGGGGCUGAGCGGUGGCUGUGGCAAGUACUGACUGUCUGGGCAAGCAGCUGGUUGAUUGGCCCUGGGGUUGGGGGCAAGAUUAGAGCAGCACAGCCAGUGAGUUGGGUGUUGUCACACUAGGGAUUUAUACCAUAUCAACCUAUAGAUUUGGCAGGGCUGAGACUGACAAAACUGGAUUACUUAACAGUGGACUUUUAAGGUAAAGAGUUAUAAUAUCUGAUAUUGCUUUGGGGUGGGCUCUGCAGCUAAGGCAGUUGCUCGGUGAGGGUGUGGCCACUUUUUCAGGUUUCACUGGGUUUUGUAGCGUUCAAGCAUGCUUUCCAAAAUGGCUCUUGAAACCCACCCCCCUUUUAGCUACCACUGUACUUCACCAUCCUCCUGGCUGUGGUGCUCUGAGGAGGACCAUUGAAGCAGGGGAGUGGGGGGAGUUUGACAGGAAGAGCAGCACUAACUCCAGAGCAAGGUGUAAAGAGAUCUCAACACUGAAUAUGGACAGUCAUAAGGAGCGGAAUUUUUUUAAUUGAAGUCUGCCCUGCGUUUGACAGUGUGAAAACACAACAAAUACUACUCCUGGGGGAGCUCAGGUACCUACCAUGCAGAAUUUUUCUCUCAGAAAAUACAUUCUGCCAGAAGAUGCAGCAGUUACUCCUUUCGCCCAGCGGGGGCUGCUGUGGCACCAGAACAGAGAGCAGCUGCAGGUAGAGAAGAGAAAAGAUGCUAACUUCCUCACAGUGCUCUGCCUAUGGGGCCAGCCAGGUCAGUGCAUUGAGUUAUAUGGGGAUGGGUCACAGACUGGAGUAGUUGGGGGGACAGAGUGGGUAGAAGCUGAAUGGAGGUGGGGGGUGCAGGAACACAGGGAUAGUGGGGUGGCUGAGUAGGGGCACAGGAACUGGACAGGGGUGUAAGACCACAUAGGGGGAGGGGGUUGGCUGAAUGGUGGUGUGGGGCAACGAGGAGGGGGUG